GUGUCACCAGAGGGGGGCAGUAGCCGUUUUGUACUGUUAACUGCAGUACGGGGAAUGUGAUGCAGUUCCCCGUAGAGUCGCUAGGGGGUACAAAGUUUUCAUGGAAGAGCAUUUCCCAACAAGGUCACGUGACAUUUUGCAUCGGGGAGUUUUUUUCUUCCUUCGCUAUGGCGGAAUUACAGGAGCACACGGAAGGAUUGUAACCCAUAUCAUAAUUAAUGUUUUGUGUCGUGAAGGAGGAUUUUAAUUAUUUACUGAUUUUAUUUUGUUCUGAGCACUUGUUAUAGCAUUUUUUCGCGAUGGCGGAUCGAGGUCUGGAUUUGUCCGGUCUGCCCAAAGACGUUAGGGACCAGCUGGCGGAGUUGGAUUUGGAGCUAUCGGAAGGUGACAUCACACAAAAGGGCUAUGAGAAGAAAAGAGCUAAAUUGCUGGCCCCCUACGUCUCAGCAACACCAAGUGCAGAACCGUCCCCCGAGAGCGAGCAGCCGACCCCGGGUCCCAGCUCCGCCCCCGACCCCGCCCCUUCCUCCUCCGCUUCCUCCUCCACCUCGGCCUCCACGUCGGCGGCCCGCCGGCACCGCGCCCGCCGCAGCGGGGGGGCCCGGGACGACCGCUACCGCUCGGAUAUCCACACGGAGGCGGUACAAGCCGCUCUGGCGCAGCACAGGGAGCAGAAGAUGGCGCUGCCCAUGCCCACCAAACGCCGCUCCGCCUUCGCCCAGUCUCCCGCCGACAACUGCACCCCGCCCGACUCCUCCUCGGGGUCGGAUGAUGAGAGCUCUCUGAGCAGGCGGGCGGGGCAGGCUCAGGGGCUGCAGAGCCCGGACUCCUGGAUAAACCGCUCCCUGCAGGGCUCCUCCACCUCCUCCUCCGCCUCCUCCACCCUGUCGCACAGCGAGGGCAAACCCCAGCCUGCCGCGCUCGCCGACGUGCUGGCACACACCCGCAUAGAGAACAGCAGCGCUGCCCCUGAUGUGACCUCGGCCACGCCCCAGGACCGGGGGUCCCAUGCGGAAAUGCCCCCGCCCGUGCGGGGCAUGAGCCGCGGCCAGAGCCGCUCCAGCAUGAUGGACACGGCAGACGGCGUUCCGGUCAGCAGCAGAGUCUCCACUAAGAUCCAGCAGCUGCUGAACACGCUGAAGAGGCCCAAGAGGCCGCCGCUCAGCGAGUUCUUCAUGGACGACACCGAGGAGAUCGUAGAGGUGCCCCAGCCUGACCCCAACACCCCGAAACCGGAGGGGCGUCAGAUCAUCCCGGUGAAGGGGGAGCCGCUGGGCGUGGUCAGUAACUGGCCCCCCGCCCUGCAGGCUGCCCUGGCCCGCUGGGGGGCCACGCAGGCCAAGAGCCCCGCCCUCACGGCCCUGGACAUCACGGGCAAGCCCCUCUACACCCUGACCUACGGCAAGCUGUGGAGCCGCAGUCUCAAACUGGCCUUCACCCUCCUCAACAAGCUGGGAACCAAGAACGAGCCCGUCCUGAAGCCUGGGGACCGGGUGGCGCUGGUGUACCCCAACAGUGACCCCGGGAUGUUCUGGGUGGCGUUCUACGGCUGCCUGCUGGCCGAGGUCAUCCCCGUGCCCAUAGAGGUGCCGCUGUCCCGCAAGGACGCAGGAAGUCAGCAGAUCGGCUUCCUGCUGGGGAGCUGUGGGGUGAGCAUAGCCCUGACCAGCGAAGUGUGUCUGAAGGGACUGCCCAAGACUCCCAAUGGAGAAAUACUGCAGUUCAAAGGCUGGCCGCGGCUGAAGUGGGUGGUGACUGACUCCAAGUAUCUGACCAAACCGUCCAAAGACUGGCAGCCUCAUAUUCCCACUGCCAACACUGACCCCGCCUACAUCGAGUACAAGGCCAGUAAGGAGGGCACAGUGAUGGGUGUGGCUGUGUCCAAGGUGGCCAUGCUGACUCACUGCCAGGCUCUGACCCAGGCCUGUAACUACUGUGAGGGGGAAACGUUGGUGAACGUGUUGGACUGUAAGAAGGACAUGGGUCUGUGGCAUGGCGUUCUCACAAGCGUGAUGAACCGGAUCCACACCAUCAGCGUCCCCUACGCCGUCAUGAAGGCCUGCCCCCUCUCCUGGGUGCAGAGAGUCCACAUCCACAAGGCGCGGGUGGCGCUGGUGAAGUGCCGGGACCUGCACUGGGCCAUGAUGGCCCACAGGGAGCAGAGGGACAUCAGCCUGGCCUCCCUGAGAAUGCUCAUCGUAGCCGACGGAGCCAACCCCUGGUCGGUGUCGUCAUGUGACGCCUUCCUCAACGUGUUCCAAAGCCACGGCCUGAAGCCUGAGGUCAUCUGCCCCUGUGCCACCUCUCCUGAAGCCAUGACCGUCGCCAUCCGCAGGCCGGGGGUCCCUGGGGCGCCCCUCCCCGCCCGCGCCAUCCUGUCCAUGUGGGGCCUGAGCUACGGCGUGAUCCGCGUCAACACCGAGGACAAGAACUCCGCCCUCACGGUGCAGGACGUGGGCCACGUCAUGCCUGGAGCUCUGAUGUGCAUUGUGAAGCCCGACGGGCCGCCCCAGCUGUGUAAGACGGAUGAGAUCGGGGAGAUUGUUGUGAACUCCCGCGCUGGAGGCACCAUGUACUACGGCCUGCCCGGGGUCACCAAGAACAUGUUUGAGGUGAUCCCUGUGAAUGCCAGUGGCGCCCCCAUCGGGGAGAUCCCCUUCAUACGCUCCGGACUGCUGGGGUUCGUAGGACCGGGCAGCCUGGUGUUCGUGGUGGGGAAGAUCGAGGGGCUGCUGAUGGUGAGCGGCCGGCGGCACAACGCAGACGACCUGGUUGCCACGGCGCUGGCGGUGGAGCCCGUGAAAACCGUGUACCGCGGGAGGGUGGCUGUGUUCACACUGUCUGUGUGCUAUUCAAAUAAACUUGCCUUGCCUUGCCUUGUCUGUCUGUCUGACUCUAUAAAUUUCUCAGCCUGCUACAUGCCCUGAUUGUCUGUUUAUCUGUGUCCUUACCUGCCUGUGGUUGCUCUUGUCCUGCAGGCCAUUGACAGCAUCCACCAGGUGGGUCUGUACUGCCUGGCUCUGGUUCCUGCCAACACCCUCCCCAAAACCCCUCUGGGGGGCAUCCACGUCGCCGAAACCAAGCAGCACUUCCUGGAGGGCAACCUGCACCCCUGCAACAUCCUCAUGUGCCCCCACACCUGCGUCACCAACCUGCCCAAACCCCGCCAGAAACAGCCAGUGGGCGUGGGUCCGGCCUCCAUCAUGGUGGGCAACCUGGUGGCCGGUAAGCGCGUGGCGCAGGCGGCGGGCAGGGACCUGGGGCUGAUCGAGGACCAGGACCUGGUCAGGAAGCUCUGUAUGUGGCCCACCAUGAUGCACCAGUAUCUGACGGAGGCCCUGCAGUGGAGGGCUCAGACUGACCCAGAUCACGUCCUGUUUGUGCUGCUGAAUGCUAAGGGGGUAGCGGUUAGCACAGCAUCCUGUGUGCAGCUGCACAGACGUGCAGAGAAGGUGACUGCAGCCCUGGCAGAGAGGGGCGGCAUCAACACCGGAGACAACGUGGUCUUGCUCUACCCUCCUGGGAUUGAUCUGAUCGCCUCGUUCUACGGCUGCCUGUACGCCGGCUGCAUUCCUGUGACCGUCCGGCCUCCCCACCCUCAGAACCUGGCAGCCACACUGCCCACCGUGCGCAUGAUCAUCGAUGUGAGUAAGGCGGUCUGCAUCCUCACCACUCAGGCACUCACCAAGAUCCUGCGGUCCAAAGAGGCUGCCGCCACAGUCAACAUCAAAACCUGGCCCACCAUCAUCGACACAGACGACCUCCCUCGAAGACGGCCCCCCCUCAUCUACAAGCCCCCCACGGCCGAGAUGCUGGCAUACCUGGACUUCAGCGUGUCCACCACAGGCAUGCUGACUGGCGUCAAGAUGUCCCACGCGGCGGUGGGCGCUCUGUGCCGCUCCAUUAAGCUGCAGUGUGAGCUCUACUCCUCCCGCCAAAUCGCCAUCUGCCUGGACCCCUACUGCGGCCUGGGCUUCGUACUGUGGUGCCUCUCCAGUGUGUAUUCGGGACACCAGUCCAUCCUGAUCCCCCCUGCGGAGCUGGAGGUGUCGCUACCGCUGUGGCUGAGCGCGCUCAGUCAGUACAGGAUCAGAGACACCUUCUGCUCCUACUCUGUGAUGGAGCUCUGCACCAAGGGCCUGGGCACGCAGACAGAGAGCUUAAAGGCGCGGGGGGUGAACCUGGCCUGCGUGCGCAGCUGCGUGGUCGUGGCCGAAGAGCGCCCCCGUCUGGCGCUCACGCAGUCCUUCUCCAAACUCUUCAAGGACCUGGGCCUGUCGCCCCGGGCCGUCAGCACCGCCUUCGGCUCCAGAGUCAACCUGGCCAUCUGCCUGCAGGGCACCACUGGACCGGACCCCUCCACGGUCUAUGUGGACAUGAAGUCUCUCAGACACGACAGGGUUCGGCUGGUGGAGCGGGGCGCCCCUCAGGGCCUGCCACUCAUGGAGUCUGGGACUAUUCUUCCAGGUGUGAGGGUGGUCAUAGUGAACCCAGAGACGCGAGGACCACUCGGGGAUUCUCAUCUGGGGGAGAUCUGGGUGAGCAGCCCUCACAGCGCCAGCGGCUACUACACGCUGUACGGGGAGGAGAGCCUGCAGGCCGACCACUUCAACACCAGGCUGAGCUUCGGGGACCCGCAGACCCUCUGGGCCCGAACCGGCUACCUGGGCUUCGUCAAGCGGACCGAGCUGCUGGACGCCAGUGGAGAUCGCCAUGAUGCCCUCUUCGUGGUGGGCUCUCUGGACGAGACUCUGGAGCUGAGGGGCCUGCGCUAUCACCCCAUAGACAUCGAAACGUCCGUGUCCCGAGCGCACCGCAGCAUCGCAGAGAGUGCUGUCUUCACCUGGACCAACCUGCUGGUGGUGGUGUCGGAGCUGUGCGGGUCCGAGCAGGAGGCGCUGGACCUGGUUCCCCUGGUGACAAACGUGGUCCUGGAGGAGCACCACCUGAUCGUGGGCGUGGUGGUGAUCGUGGACCCCGGGGUCAUCCCCAUCAACUCCCGCGGGGAGAAGCAGAGGAUGCACCUCAGAGACUCCUUCCUGGCCGACCAGCUGGACCCCAUCUACGUGGCCUACAACAUGUGACCCGCCUCCGCCACGCCUCCCCCGCCCCGCCGAGGCCCCGGGCCACGCCCAGCCCCCGCGGGAUGGGGCCCGGGGGUGCGGGCGUCAGCUUGGGAUGGCGGUGCGGCCACCGCUCUCCCAGGGCGCGGAAACAGAGCGAGGGUGGGCAGGUUUAUCGGAGACCCGUGACCUUUGACUCCUCUGCCCGUGGCGUGACACCCCUUUCGCUCUUGGUUUGUCCUCGCCUGACCCCCCCCACCCCCCCCAUCCCCCGACCCAAGCAACGGCUUUAGGGGGGGCGUAGAGAGAGGCAGGAAGGAGAAACUGGGUCUCCGCCUUUCCAUCCCACCCUCUCUCUUUCCUUUGACUGAGAGAGCGCCUAUCCUGCGAUUUCUCAUUGGGUCACACCUGCAUUGAUUGCGCCGGUGUUACAUCACCUGACUGUGGGAGCCGGGGGGGGGUGGGGGAGGGGAUUCUCUCACCCCUUUACCUCUACAUACGCCCACUGCUGAGGAUGGGGGUCAGUCAGAACAGUGAUUUGGUUGCGGAGUCUACGCCCCACCCAACCCGCUCUGAGUCCUUUACAGUGACAGAAAGGUCAUGUGAUGCGGUUUCACCGAUAAUCCAUCAAAUGCCGCUGAACGGGCUUCUGCUUUUAGAACCUGCUUAAAAAUUCCAUUAGGGAGCUGCAAGAAGGCCCGGGGCCCGGGGCCCGGGGCCCGGGCAGACCUGGCUGUUCUGGCGUAUUGGGAGUGGUGGGGUGGGGGGGGAAGCAAACGCCGGGUUCCCCCCUUUCAUUUUAGGCACGUUCCCCAGUCAUCUUGAAGCACCAUCGCUGCAACGUCGUCCCACGCCAGCUUUUAAGGAAACCGGCACACCCACGUGUCUGUGGCGGGUUUCAGGUGUGCGUGUUUUAAACUGCGAAAGGAAGCCUGCUGCUUGCCUUACUAAAACCUGUGCAUCGUUUCAUUUUUUAUUUCUUUUCAUUUCGUUUGGUUGUUUUUUUUUACAUUUUAUUUUGUGUUGGACAUUUCAUUGCUGUUGUUUUGUAUAUUCUCAUUUUGAAAAAGGGAUGUGUUUUUGGAGGUGGGGAGUGGGUUGCUCUACAGGGGGGAGGUUCGAUGUAACAUAUUGUACAUAGCUUGGAUAUUUGCGUCUAGUUCAUCUGAAAUUAUCGUGUUUUAACAAAAAAAAGACUAUUGAGUUGUGGGAAAUGGAAAACUUGACUGAUCUCUCAUACUUGACACCUAUUUCCUGGAUCAUGGACUCCCUCAGUCACUGAGAGAGUAAAUCGAUCCCAAAAACAAAAGAUUUUACACUGA